AUGGCUUUAGAUGAUAGCGAUGGUUCUAGCCAAGAUAUAGAACGGCAAAUGCGGGAGUCUGAUGAGCGGUACAAGAGGAAGAGAGACGAAGAGGAAGCCGAAGUAUUGGAAGCCGAAGUAUUGGCUGCCGAAGUAGUGGAUGCAGCCCCAGUCGUAGCAGUCGCAGCAGCAGCCUCAACUCCCGCAGCGAAUUUCCUUGUUGGUGGGCGUCCACGUCUUAGCUUGUGGGAUCUACAACAAAAGCGCCAGCUGCAGACGCAGCAACUCCACCAACAGCGAGCCCUCGCAGUGCCGCUACCACCACUGCCAUAUUACGAAGAUCCGAUUGCCCAAGACAUGUACAUGGGACAACUCAAAGCGCAAGAGUCACGGGAGCGGCCGCCACGGUAUCGUGCUAGCUCCCCAGCGCCUGCUGUCCGUGCUAGGUCUGCAUCCCCGUCAGAGCGAAAGGUCAUGAGGGAAGCGGCAAAGGCCGAACAAAAGAAGAAGAAAGAGGACGAGAAAAUAGCGAAGAAGGUGGCCGAUGCUAAGCAGGCAGAGCGCAUCAAAGUUGUGAUCAGCAAGUACGACCCCAUGAAAAAGCAAAUUGUCUGCGGUGAAGAAGAGAAUCCGAAAGAUAAGGAAAUGUACCGUGUGGCCAAGACAUUGAUCUACGACAAAGGAGAACCAAACGAAAUGACAUUUGAUCUGUCAAAAUUCAAUAGUGUACAGAUCCGUGAACUCACUCUGAAGUGUCAAGUCAAGGGAGGAGGCAGCAUGACAAUCCAAGAGGAUCAACACUCUCGUCAAACUCCUCAAUAUCUGCUUCCAUCCUACUAUUUACCCUCACUUCGUCUCCCUCAACGACAGCAAUAA